UUGCUGAACACAAUUUCAUUUGUAAGUGGACGAUACGGAGACCUGUUUCUUCUUACGAAUACAAAUGGUACUUCAUUUUGACAGAUGCAUUGAACUUCUCUAACUAAAGGAAAUUUGUAAACUACAGUUAUCCAACAAGAAUUAUAGUCGGUAGGGUACCUUGUUUUUACCACGUAUUGCUUGUAACAGCCCGCAGGGGCUUUACGGGAUCCCUAUGAAGGAUGAAUUAGCAAUCGUAAAUGUGAAUGCACUUUUUAGUUUAGGCGCCACACUGAACAUCGGAUCCCUUGUCGGAGCAACUGCCGCCCUUCUCCAGGUACUUUUGGUGAGCUUCUUCAGCGUCCCAGAACUGCUUGGCCUCCUCGAUCUCCGUGACAAUAGGCUUGUCCAAUGUCUUCUGAUGCUCCUCCUUGGACGCCAGCGCGAUCUUGUGUUGCUCCUCAUUCUGGUAGUAAAUGCCUGAGCGAUACUGCGUGCCAACGUCGUCCUCCUGGCGGUUGAGUGACGUUGGGUCGUGAAUGGUCCAGAACACCUUGAGUAGCUCCUCGUACGUCACUUGACUCUCGUCAAAAGUGAUCUUAAUGGACUCAGCAUGGUUCGUACGGCCGGUAACUACCGUGCGGUACGUGGGGUUGUCGGUCUUGCCUUGCGAAUAGCCCACGGACGUCUCGAUGACGCCAGGUACGCGGUCGAAUGCACGUUGCACGGCCCAGAAGCAGCCAGCGGCGAACGUGGCGAUGCUGUACUUGGGGUUAUUGGUCAUGGGAGUAGUCACUUGAUGCGCGGUGAGGAGAAUGCGAGAGUGAGGCUGCAGACGAAGGUGACAUCGACAGUGAGAUCAGCAAACACCUUUGAUGUCCAAUGAGAGCUGUGCAACUUGCUGGGUCAAGGAUCCGUGCUGCGUGAUUGGUGUUUGAGAUCGCCUGGCACUCGACUUCUGGUGGAUCUCCAUCCUGGAGUCCAAGCGACGACAAUCGGUCGUGCAAGGGCCACUUGAUCAUGGUUGCAGCGAAAAUGAACCAUUGGUGAAAGUCACCAACAGCGUCGUCAACAGCGUCGUUCAUGGAUGUAUCUGAUACCAUCGGAACUAAAUGUGAAUGCGAUUUGCGUGACGCGCAGCGCGUCGUGCAGCAAGGCGCGUUCAUUCACCUUGCGCGACUCGGAAGAGGCCUUCCGUCGCUUGGAAGGCCUUGUCGAUCACUUUACUACUUGACACCACCCACUGAAGCGUCUUCUCAACCACGUACCAUGGCCAUUCAAGCUAUUCAAGUGACUCCGAUCCAAGUUCCGAACGGCUCCGCCGUUGAUUUCGGUGCUGCCAUCACCAAUGUCGACCUGGAGAACAUCACAGACAAGGACUUUGACGUCAUUCGCAAUACGCUGUACAACUCACACGUGGUUGUGCUUAAGAACCAGCAGGGCGUCUCUCCUCGCGCGCAAUACGAACUGACCAAACGCUUCGACCCGGCCGCAUCGACCUACGGCCACGGCAAGACGCUCGACGUCAAGCGCUCUGUGCUACACCCGGAUCUGAAGACCGUUCCACACCAACCGCAAGUCCAGAUCAUCGGACACGGACACUACGAUGAGUACGAAGGUCUCAAGGACUUCACGCUCAAGCACCCGCACCACAAGGUGUUCCACAAGACAGCGAUCCCCGAGGAAGACGAUCUCAACUACACACGGUUCUAUCGUUGGCAGAUCGAUGCGGCUCUGUAUAAGCUCAACCCGCCCAAAGUGACGUCUCUCCUGGCAGUCAAAGUGCCUGCUGGACGUCGUCAAACUCUCCGUUAUGACGACGGCAAUGGAGAUGAAUUGGAUGUCGCUUUGGGCACUACUGCAUUCGUUUCGGGUCAGAAGAUGUAUGAGCUUUUAUCAGAGAAAGACAAGGAGUUUGUUCGUGGUGCCAAGGUCGAGUAUGCACCACAUCCGUACGUAUGGAUGUCGCCUGCGCGUUCACGUUCGGAUGGACUCGGUAUGGUCACCGAGGGGCUAGAGCUGCCUUUGGAUCGGCUCCCACCAAUUGACAAGAAAGAUAUCAAGAUCCUACCCAUGUGCUGGAAGAACCCCGUGACUGGUAAACUUGCACUUCAGAUCCAUCCGAGUGCCACCCGUGCUAUUCACCUUCCAGAUGGGAGCAAGAUGACCUAUCUGGAAGAGGUGCGUGAGCUGGUACACCGCUUACAGCGUCCAGCGAUCGCCCCAAAGUACGUCUACGCACAUGAGUGGGAGGAAGGAGAUCUGGUGCUGUUCAAUAAUCAAGGAGUCAUUCACUCCGUAGUGGGUGCAUUUGGCCCCGGUGAGAAGAGAUUGUUUCGCCAAUGCAACCUUGCAAGUAGUGAGGGCGUCAUGGGACCCGAUGGGAAGCUGUACGAGUAAGUGUAGCCAUCAUUCGCUAGUCGCGCUGGAAGAGACACUUGUAGUUUUCAACACCGGAAUGAUUUUAUCGGCAUACA